AUGACAGGAAACUCCGCACGACUUAGACAGGGCGCAUCAUUUGAGGCUGCUCCCGACACAGUUAUCCGAGUGGAGCUCACUGCUAUAUUUGAGGACUGGGCGCAUCAUUUGGUCCCGGAGAAGUGUCGGCGUAUGGCGACCACCCAGGAGUGGCACUAUGUAGAGGGGAAAAUGCGUACACUAGGACCAGACGGGAGACCACAUACCCGCCGCCGCCGCGACGAAGCUGGUUCCUCUAACCCACCACCGCAACCACCACAGCCAGUUGGAUAUCCUGGUGGACCAUCAGAUUUAUCUUUACUUGUUCGAUAUCAAGACCAUGUUGCUCGCCGGUUAUGGUACGGAGAGAAAAGAGGCCCUAAAAAGGAGCUUAAAGUCGCUGGGCACGGGACGAAGCUCCAGGAGAGAGUGCCUCAGCAGCUCCCACCUAAGAUUGAGGCUAUCGUGACUAGGUCAGGUCUGGCUUCUCUUCAGAGAACUAGCCUGACCAAGAUAGACGUUAAUCUCGUCUCAGCAUUUGUGGAGAGGUGGCAUGUUGAGACUUCGUCAUUUCACAUGCCAUUUGGUGAAAUGACGAUUACUUUAGAUGAUGUUGCGUGCCUGCUCCAUUUGCCUAUCAAUGGUAUGUUCUGGUAUCCUGAUGAGCAUGUCACAGAGCAGGUGGCUGUUGAUCUUGGCUGCGAGUUAUUGGGAGUGGAUAGACAUGCCAUGGCUGUACAUGUGCGUUCUUACAGGGGAGCUUAUUACUCACUGCAGUGGCUGUAUGACAGAUUCGUGCAGUACCGUGCUGCUGGUAGUUGGACUUACGCGACCAGGGCAUAUCUGAUGAUGUUGGUAGGUUCUACCAUUUUUGCGGAUAAGACAUUUACCCUGGUUGAGGCCCGAUAUUUGCUAUUGAUUAGAGAUCUACGUGGGCUUGGUUCAUACAGUUGGGCAUCAGCGGCACUGGCCACUCUUUAUCGCCACCUUGGGGAUGCAUCUAUGUUUAGUUGCAAGCAGCUCAGUGGAUAUCCUACUCUGCUACAGUGUGCCUAUCGUCUCUUGCAUGUCUUUCAUCACAUAUUCCUUGCAUUUCAUCCCAACAUUUUUGUUAAUAUAAAAACGACAUAG